AUGGGUCUUCAAAGCAAAUCACUUUUUUUCAUUCUUACUACAGUAUUACUCAUUUCAAUCACAAAACUCUUACAUUCUUAUUUUUCUUUACCUUUUUCUCCAUUCUAUCUUUCUAUUGCUGUUGCCACCAUCAUCACAUACUUGUUUUCCUCAACCUCUUCUAAAAAGCACACAACCACUCUCCCUCCAGGCCCUCUCUGUGUGCCUAUAUUUGGUAACUGGUUACAAGUUGGCAAUGACUUAAAUCACCGUCUUCUAGCUUCAAUGUCACAAAACUAUGGACCCGUGUUCCUACUCAAACUUGGUUCCAAAAACUUGGUGGUUGUCUCAGACCCAGAACUUGCCACCCAAGUCCUCCACUCACAAGGUGUAGAAUUCGGUUCUCGCCCACGAAACGUUGUGUUUGAUAUCUUCACAGGAAAUGGCCAAGACAUGGUCUUCACGGUUUAUGGUGAUCACUGGCGCAAAAUGAGAAGAAUAAUGACACUGCCAUUUUUCACAAACAAGGUUGUACACAACUAUAGUAACAUGUGGGAAGAAGAGAUGGAGUUGGUUGUGCGUGACCUCAAUGCCAAUGAGAGAGUGAGAAGUGAAGGGAUAGUUAUCAGAAAGCGUCUUCAGCUGAUGCUGUAUAACAUCAUGUAUAGAAUGAUGUUUGAUGCCAAGUUUGAGUCUCAAGAAGACCCUUUGUUCAUUCAGGCCACGCGCUUUAACUCUGAGAGAAGCCGUUUGGCUCAGAGUUUUGAAUACAAUUACGGAGACUUUAUUCCUUUGCUAAGGCCAUUUUUGAGGGGCUACCUCAACAAGUGUAAGGACUUGCAAUCUAGGAGGUUGGCAUUCUUCAACAACUACUACGUUGAGAAAAGAAGAAAAAUAAUGGCCGCCGAUGGGGAGAAGCACAAGAUAACCUGUGCAAUUGAUCACAUCAUAGAUGCUCAGAUGAAGGGAGAAAUAAGUGAAGAGAAUGUAAUAUACAUCGUAGAGAACAUAAAUGUUGCAGCAAUAGAGACAACAUUAUGGUCCAUGGAGUGGGCAAUAGCAGAAUUGGUGAAUCAUCCAACAGUGCAAAGCAAGAUUCGUGAUGAGAUAUCAAAAGUUCUUAAAGGGGAGGCAGUUACAGAAUCCAACCUAAACCAGCUACCAUACUUACAAGCCACAGUGAAAGAGACACUAAGACUACACACCCCAAUACCUCUAUUGGUGCCUCACAUGAACCUUGAAGAAGCAAAACUAGGAGGUUAUAAAAUUCCAAAAGAGUCUAAGGUGGUAGUGAAUGCAUGGUGGCUUGCUAACAACCCAUCAUGGUGGAAAAACCCACAUGAGUUUAGGCCUGAAAGGUUCUUGGAAGAGGAAAGUGCAACAGAUGCUGUGGCUGGAGGCAAGGUUGAUUUUAGGUUCGUGCCAUUUGGUGUGGGUAGGAGGAGUUGCCCCGGGAUCAUUCUUGCAUUACCAAUAUUGGGACUUGUCAUUGCUAAGUUGGUGUCAAAUUUUCAUAUGAGUCCUCCAAAUGGGACAAAGAUUGAUGUGAGUGAAAAAGGAGGGCAAUUUAGCUUGCACAUUGCUAACCACUCUACUGUGUUGUUCCAUCCAAUUAGGACAUGA